CAGCAGAAAGAGCUGCGGCCGUGGCAGCUGCACGGCUCCCGGCCCCGGAGCAUGCGCCACAGCCGCCCCGGAUCCCCCAGCCGCGGCGCCCCGCGUCCCGCCGCCAGCGCAGCCCCGGACGCUAUGGCCCACCCCUCCGGCUGGCCCCUCGUGUAGGAUGGUAGCACGCAACCAGGUGGCAGCCGACAAUGCGAUCUCCUCGGCAGCAGAGCCCCGACGGCGGCCAGAGCCCUCCUCGUCCUCGUCUUCCUCCUCGCCGGCGGCCCCCGCGCGUCCGCGGCCCUGCCCUGCGAUCCCGGCCCCGGCCCCGGGCGACACUCACUUCCGCACGUUCCGCUCCCACUCCGAUUACCGGCGCAUCACGCGGACCAGCGCGCUCCUGGACGCCUGCGGCUUCUAUUGGGGACCCCUGAGCGUGCACGGGGCGCACGAGCGACUGCGUGCCGAGCCCGUGGGCACCUUCCUGGUGCGCGACAGUCGCCAACGGAACUGCUUCUUUGCGCUUAGCGUGAAGAUGGCUUCGGGACCCACGAGCAUCCGCGUGCACUUCCAGGCUGGCCGCUUCCACCUGGACGGCAGCCGCGAGACCUUCGACUGCCUCUUCGAGCUGCUGGAGCACUACGUGGCGGCGCCUCGCCGCAUGUUGGGGGCCCCGCUGCGCCAGCGCCGCGUGCGGCCGCUACAGGAGCUGUGUCGCCAGCGCAUCGUGGCCGCCGUGGGUCGCGAGAACCUGGCGCGCAUCCCUCUCAACCCGGUACUCCGCGACUACCUGAGUUCCUUCCCCUUCCAAAUCUGACCGGCUGCCGCCGUGCCCGCAGCAUUAAGUGGGGGCGUCUUAUUAUUUCUUAUUAUUAAUUAUUAUUAUUUUCCUGAAACCGAGUGGGAGCCCUCCCCGCCUGGGUCAGAGGGAGUGGGUGUGGAGGGCGAGGUGCCUCCGGCUUCUGGCUGGAGGCCCCAUCCUGCCUCUCGGGGGGGCCUCCCCUCCUGGUGCUCCCUCCGGGGCCCCUGGUUGUAGCAGCUUAUGUCUGGGGCCAGGACCUGAACUCCACUCCUACCUCUCCAUGUUUACAUAUUCCCAGUAUCUUUGCACAAACCAGGGGUGGGGGAGGGUCUCUGGCUUCAUUUUUCUGCUGUGCAGAAUAUCCUAUUUUAUAUUUUUACAGCCAGUUUAGGUAAUAAACUUUAUUAUGAAAGUUUUUUUUUAAAGAAAAAAAGAUUUC